UCCGACAUUAGACACUUUUCAAUAUGACUUUUUGCCGAUCAGGAAAGUCGAAUGAUUAUUCACUUCGAUAACGAUUAAUAACGAUGAUGAGAACAAUCUUUUUGUCGUCCGAUUAUGAACUGAAUUACCUAGAGAUCUGUAGAGGGUGAGGCUGUGUGGGGUAAGGGAUGAGGGUGAGUGGGGUGAGGGUGAGCAGCUAUAAGUGAUGCGCUUCGCUCAAUUGUUGGAGUCCUUCAAAUGCGGUCGCUCAAAUGUCAGUUGCUCAAAUGUCAGUCGCUCAAACGUCGGUUAGUCGGAAUUUGCUGCAUUAACUCGUUUUUGGAAAUUGCACAUCAGUGUUUUGUCGUUCUUGACAUUACAAGACUAGCAAUUUCUGAGUACUGCUACUGACUGGCAAUUAAAUGUGGCAUAAUAAUUCCAGUGAGCAAAUCGCCAUCGUCUGCUGAAUCCGAAGGUUCUGCUGAUAAUGACCGUGAUGCGGUGAUUGAACUGGCGUAUGUUGUCACUGAGGCUGAUGCUUCGAUGGAUGAUUUUCAUCUAUUUCAUCUUCAUCACAUACAUAGUGUCGUUUCUUUUCGAUCGGUCAUGCGAAAGUUGAGGUUGUGGCCUGGCUUUAUCUAUCAAAUCGCCAUCAGUUUCUAAAUGACGUUGUUGUUCUUGGUCCUUAGAUGCAGCGGAUUUUUUGUCACUUUUUGACAUUAUGAGUUCAAAUAGACGGAAAUCUGUUAAGCAAUUUAAAGUUGAUCUGUAAAAACAAACAACAGUAAAACACAUUAGAUGAGGUCGAACAAAGGUAUUCAACAACUAGCAGGAUCUCAAAAAGUGAGGAUGCACAUUCUCUGAAUAGUUGAAAAAAUGGUUGCUGUUGUUCAUGCUGUCUCGGACAACUUCCUUUCAAUGGAUUUGUUUUCCUUCUUUCAUGUGAAGAGGCAAGAAUUCUUCUGAAAAUUCUGGAUUUAGGUAAAAGCCAUCUAGCGAUUCUCUACUGUUGUUUUUGGUGCUAUAAAGUUUUUGGUCUUCAAAAAGGAUAGAGUUAGUGAAAAAACCGGAGAGCUUACCCAAGCUGAGGUUUUUCUGGGUUGAUCAUUUUGGUAGUCGGCUAAUUAGUCUGUCACAACUCAUGGCGAUUCAAAAAAAUCACAAUUAAUCGCUAUCUUGUAUAAUAGUCUCGAUUAGUUGAUAAAUUAAUGGUUGAUAGAUGGAAGCUUCUCUCUUCUUACACUCGCGAUUUUAAUAACACAAUGAUUAAAUGCCCGUCAAGCAGAAAAGGAGCAACCGAUCGUUGAUCACUUCAUCGCAAUUUUAUAGUAUAAAAUCGCGUUAAUUUUAUCAAAAAAACUUUUGGUCACCAAAUUUUCCAGCAUUCAUUUCAAAGUUUUAUUUCUUCUUUUAUUUUAUUUCUCUUUCGAAUGGCAAAAACCACGAGUCUUUAGCUCCCGAUAUUAAUGAAUAGAUUAAAAUAUUAGACAUUUUUCUAGUCAACAAGAGAAAAACAAUAUAGUUUUUUUCUAUUAGUGCGUCCGGUUUUCACCUAAAAGCGCUUUUCAGUACUUUAGAGAACUUAAAAUUUUUGUGUUUGCAGUAAAUCUUCAGCUGUUUCUUUCAAAUGAAAAGCACAGUUCGAGUUUAGAUCAUAUACCCGCUUUUGUCUACUUAACCUGAUUCUCUACUAAACGUACUUCAGUGGAGUUCUAGAGAACUUUCCCUAAAGUUGCUUUUACAUGGAUUAAGAAGAUUUAAAACUGAAACAUUCAACAAUUCUAUUAUCAGGAGAUUUUUGUUCAUUUAGAAUAGAAGAUCUAAACUCGAACUGUGCUUUUCAUUUGAAAGAAACAGCUGAAGAUUUACUGCAAACACAAAAGAUAUGAAAAAAGAAGUGAAAAAAGAAUGACGACAGUAUUUGAUGUCUCAAGUGAUACACCAUUUUGAAUUUUAAGUUCUCUAAAGUACUGAAAAGCGCUUUUAGGUGAAAACCGGACGCACUAAUAGAAAAAAACUAUAUUGUUUUUCUCUUGUUGACUAGAAAAAUGUCUAAUAUUUUAAUCUAUUCAUUAAUAGAAAGAUCAAACCCAAUCAUAUAAAAUAAUCGGUACGCUUUACACUACAUACAGACACAAAACGAUAUGACUUUCAGAGGCACUCAACUAUAACUAAAAAACUCAAUUAUUUAUGUAUUUCUAGUAGAAAGUACAGGAGUAAGUUUAUUGCCUUUACACAUUUACGUUGAUGCAUUGAUAAAUGAGUUUAUUGGGUUGAGUAAGAGAUGCAUAAAUGUCUAUUUUAAUUAAAGAGCUCUCCAUCUAGUACUGAGUAUCGGGAGCUAAAGACUCGCGGUUUUCGCCAUUCGAAAGAGAAAUAAAAUAAAAGAAGAAAUAAAAAUUUGAAAUGAAUGCUGGAAAAUUUGGUGAUCAAAAGUACAUUUACUCAAUUUUUAGACUUGUUUUUAGAAAAAUUUAAAAUAUUUACCAAAAAGCGAGUUUUACGGAGACUAGAGUUCCAGACUGUUUGCACCUAAUAUUAAAAAGUUCACCAUUCACUCAAAAAACAUCAGACUGAGUUCAGAACCUCAGGAUAUGAUUAAUGUUGUCCGCUAAACGUGAUUAUAAGAUCGAAAGAAUCGAAAAAGCAUAUUUUUGUUAAUAGGUUUUUUCAGAAAUCCUUUCAGAAAACCUCAGGAUUUUGUAAAAUUUCUUUCGCGAUCUCGUGAAAUUUUGAAAACACUUGCCAAUUUUUCCAAGUACUUAUCAAGUACUUAGCAAAUAAUCAAGUACUUGUGUCAAGUACGUUCUCUAGGGUUUGAUCACCAAAUUUUUCGGCAUGUCUCAAUUACACACAACGGACCUUUAUACAGAGAGAAACGCUGGGCAAGGUCUGACUGCAGUGUUCAUUGAUUUACAGUGAGUGUCAUGAAUAAGCAUACAACAACAAUAUUUUACUUCUGUUGGUUGUAUUAUUGAAACGGAAGCUAGGCAAAAUUCUUCAAAUUGUCUCAAAGUUAGUAUCAUGUCAUGUAAAUUAUUAAUGCAGCGUCAAAACGAUUUUUGAUUAAAAUAAUCCAUUUUUGUGGUAUUAGGCAAAAUACGUACGAGUGCGGUGAAGAUCAGACUAACGAAGAUCCCCAGAAUGGCUAAGAAAGAUAUAAAUGAAGCCAUACUUACUAGACAAAUAGGAUAUGUUGAAAAACAGUUUAAAUUUUAUAUAAUUAUUAAAUAUAGUGCACAGAAAUGAAUAAAAUAAAGCAAUUCGAUCGAACGGACAACAGCAUUGAAUAUAGUAUGGCGAGUAUCGCGAGCUAAAGACUAGCGGUCUUCGCCAUUCGAAAGAGAAAUAAAAUAAAAGAAAUAAAACUUUGAAAUGAAUGCUGGAAAAUUUGGUGAUCAAAAGUAGAUUUAGUCAAUUUUUUUAUUUGUAUAAAUAAACAACUGGCUUCCAUACUACCGGAUCAUUGUUUUCUAUCCUAGAAAUACCGUUACCGAAGUGCCCACAAUUUUCUAUUGUGCAUUUAUAGGCCCAACAUCUCAAAUGCCUAUUAAGUUAUUAAUUGCGUUAGUAUUUAGUACAUUCGUGCUGAACGCUUAUGGAUGUAGUCCCGAUCCGAAUAGUGGAAGUAUUGUAAUUGCUGCAGGAUCAUUUCUCAGCGAUAUCGGCGGUACGAAUUGGGAUCCAGCUGAAUUAAAAGGUCAAUUGUUAUUUAAUAGUGUAACCUGUUUCUAUGAGAAACAAGUGGCUCUGCCACCGAACAAGAACUAUGACUGGAAAGUGGCAUUUAAUUCACAAUGGGGUGGCGAUAAAGGAUGUGGUAAUGGAGGAAAUUGUCAGUUCAAUAGUGGUCCAACAGGUGGUAUCUUACUCAAAUAUAAUCCCUACAAUGCGCAAUUAUCGACAGAAGUGGCUGUUAUACUAACCGAUUGUGGUAAUGCUGUUUGCGGUGAGGGUGAGACAUGUGCAAAUUGUGCAGAAGAUUGCGGUAAAUGUCCGUGUUCAAACCCGCUAUCCAGUCGAAUUGUCCGAGCAAGUGGUGAUUGGCAGACAAUAUUAGGCAGUGCAGCUAAUUGGAUUGCUACUGAUCCAAACAGUUUGAUGAGUGCUGAUCCAAACGACUGUCUUUAUUCACUCAUUUUGACAGGAUUAAAACCGAAUACGGAGUAUCAGUGGAAAGUAGCAAUGGACAACGCAUGGGGAGAAAAUUAUGGAUGUGGCAAAGACAAUUGCAAAUUCACAUCCAGUACAUCCGGUGCAAUUAAAUUAAUAUUUAAUCCUAAUACAAAACAGUUAACAACGGAGUUAGUUACUGCGACAUGUGGAGAUAAUGUUUGUGAAAUUGGUGAAACCUGUUCAUCAUGCAAAGAUGAUUGCGGAGAGUGUCCUCCAAGCGUUUGUGGUGAUAAAAAAUGUGACUGGGAUGAAACAUGUUCAACAUGUGAAAGUGAUUGUGGUGCUUGUCCGUUUUGUGGUGAUGGUAAAUGUGAGAAAGAUGAAACUGCUCAGUCAUGUCCUCAAGAUUGUCCAAAUGAAUUGCCUGGUUGCCAAAUAUUCAAUGAAGAAAGCUGUUCAGGUGGUCAACAAUUUCACGCAAAUCCAAGUGUAGCUGAAAAGCGGUGGCAAACACCAAAACCGGGCGCACAGCGAUAUCAAACGUCAUUUCAAGAUUACCAUGCACUAGUUGGAUAUGCUGAUAUUAUUUAUAAAACUAAAGAUCGUACGUCCGCUGACGUUUGUAUUGAAGCUACACACAAGACAGCUUCUGUUACGUUGACAUAUCAUUUUGACGGUGUUGCACAAACGUCCAAGUGUAAAGCAUAUACAAAUGCAUAUAAAGGAAUAUUAAAAGUGAUUGUCACUGGCAACGACAAUACGGUGCUCGAAUUACCGGAUGUAGAUCUUAUAUGGAAUGCAAACCCCAUAUUAAGUCGGCCUGGAGACUAUAGAAACGGUCAAAAAGGUGGUGUAGCAGAAAUGUUUGGCUGGCCGCAUGACGAUGUUAGACAAGAAUGCGAUUUUCUCGCAAAGGCUGGAUAUCUUGGUGUUAAAUUAUUUCCCGUUCAUGAACAAUUAAUGUCUACACAACCGUUUGAAAACGCAAUGAAUCCUUGGUAUUUCAUGUAUCAACCUGUGAGUUACAAAUUAGAAGGUAGAGGUGGAACAAGAGAACAAUUGCGAGAUUUAAUUCAAACAUGUCGCGCUCUUGGUGUCCGUGUUUACACUGAUGCUGUUCUAAAUCAUUUUACAGGUGCCGGUAACGAUAUGAAUCUACAUCGAAAUCCUAAUGGAUGUGUUCCAUGGCCAAAUAAAACUAGUAGUGCUAUUCCUGAACGUCAGUCAUCGUUUUAUACGCAUGCAUUUACUUAUCAAUACAAUCCUAAUACUGGUAAAUCACCGAGUAACGAAUUUCCUGGUGCAGCAAUUGGUCCCGAAGAUUUUCAUUGUGAUCGAAGCUUGGGUUCUUGGUCUGAUUUAUUUAUAAUGAACAAUGGAUGGCUCGUUGGAUUAACUGAUAUUGAUACGUCACGAGAAAACGUUCGAGAACGGCAAGCAGCAUACUUGGUUGAUAUGCUUAGUUUAGGCGCAAGUGGUUUUCGAAUUGAUGCUGCAAAACAUAUUUCACCUGAAGAUCUGUCUGCUAUUUUCAAAAAAGUACAAACAAAAAUGGGUGGGCAGCUGCCCGAUGAUUUCUUCGUUUGGUUAGAAAUUCUAACAGGAGGCGAAGCUGGCCUUUUGUGGCAAGGGCCGUCAUGGUAUGGUACGGCGUUUGAAGGCUUAUUAAUGAAAGAUCUCGGAUCAAGCUCAGAAGUAAACAAAAUAAAGAUGUGGGAUGGUUUAUAUCCUAAAGAGCCUCACAAUAAUCCCCUUAUAUCUCGUACCCGUGUCGUUAUUCAAAACGACGAUCAUGAUCAACAAAAUCCUGGAAGUAGUAGUCGAGAUAUGGGUCCGUUUGGUUGUGUCUUGAUUAAAAAUUGUCCAGCAAGUGCACACCGAAAUUAUGAAAUAAAACUAUUUCAAAACCCAUACGAAAUUAACGAUAAUGCCAAUGAUUGGCCAAUCCGGUUUAUUUUAUCCUCAUACUAUCACACUGAUGGUGAUUUGGGAAUACCCGACGGUAAAUCAAAGUGCGAUCUGUGCACUAUCAGCUGCGAAACAUGUCGAAAAAGUGUGGAAUAUAAACCAGCUUUUGUUGCCAAUGCAUGUGCCUACGAGGGUACCAGCUAUACACACACACAUCGAGAUAUAGCGGUUAUUAAUGCAAUGAGAGCAUGGAUGAAUUUAUCGCCAACCAGCGGUAGUGCUCUUGGAAUCGGUAAUUGUAGUUAA